AUGUCUGAAUACUGGCAUAGAGGGCUCAGACACCUCAAUUUCUUUCGCGUACACAUCUUGGUAUUCACAUUCACACCCAUCAUCGCCUCUGGCAUCUUUUACGCUGCGAAUGGCUCGGCGACUGGCAAUGCCAACAGCACUCUGACAGGACUGCAAAAGGUGCAGUACCUCGACUGCCUAUUCAUGUGUUUCUCUGCCAUGACCACGACAGGCUUAUGCACUAUCAACCUCUCCGCCCUCCACCCCUUCCAACAGUUCAUGCUCUUCGUCCUCUUUAUCAUCGGCGACUCCUCCUUCGUCUCCCUCAUCAUGGUCCUCGUCCGCAAGCGCUACUUUCGUACCCAUUGCGAACAGCUUCUCGCCAACGACCGAUCCCGCCGCGGCCUUCCCGAAUACUCGACCACCAAGUCCACUGUCAAGAGGCUGAAGGGGAAAGAUGUUGCCUUUUCUGGGCCGAUGGAUGGGCACAAGAUCGAGUCAUUUGGGGAUUUUGGGCAUGAAGAGGGGCAAAACGGUGGGGUAGCGCAGGAGGAGCAGGUCAUGUCUGACUCGCCGGUGGAGAUGACGUUUGAAGAGAGUCAUCGGAGGAGUGCCGAGUCUGGAGAAGGGCGUGACGCUCCAUACCAGAACGUCCCAUCGACCGUCGGCAGGUCCGGGGACGCCUCUCGCACUUUGCUCAACACCGGGGCUACCGUCUCUCGAGCCGACUCUGCCCAGGGCACCACCACCGCCCUCAAACAACCCCAGCCCAUCAUCAUCCAACGCGCCAUCAACCCCCUCUUUGACGCCCGCCAAAGAGUCCGCCGGCAAACUCGCGUAAACAGCAUCAACUUGUCGCCCAACCGCCCCACAUUCAUCGUCAACGACAGACUCCCCCACGAUAUCCACCAACCCCUCGUCCCUGUCACCAGCCACGUCUCACAUACGAGCCACCUCACCCACGCCACCCACGCUUCCAAAGCCGCGCCCAACAUCCCUAUCCCUGCUGCGCACGACCCCAAAAACACGGGCAUGGGCGGGUUCCCAACGCUCUGGCAAGUUGCCAACCGCCUCCUCCCUCAAAGUACCAAAGGUCGUCUCACCCGUCCGACGCGGCGGCUGCAUAUCAUCAACCACCCUGCUUUCAAACAUGAGUUUGCACAAGGAGAAGAACCUGGGGCGGGGCCAGUGCCGGAGCAUGAGGAGAGCUGGAGGGAAGAACUGGCGGGGAGCGUGGCAAAGUGGUUACCGGAGGGGCUGGGCAGGAUUGUGGUGGGGCGGAAUUCGAGGUUUUGGACGGAAGAGUUGGAGGAUGAAGAGCUGGAGCAGAUUGGAGGGGUAGAGUAUCGCGCGCUCAGGCUGUUGAGUUAUCUCGUUUCUUCUUACAUCUUCCUCUACCAAGUCAUCCCUUUCGCCGUCCUGGCCAUCUACUUUUCCCAAGUCCACUCUUGGGACAGCGCUUUUGAAGCGAACGCUGGGACACAAGCUGGGACCGUCAACAAGACUUGGUUCUCCCUCUUCCUCUCUUCCUCCGCUUAUGCCGGGUGCGGUAUGGUGCUUACGGACCAAGCCCUCAUCCCCUUCCAAACCAACUACCUCCUCAUCUACAUCAUCAUGAUCGGUCUCCUCGUCGGCAAUCACGCCCUCCCCAUCGCUCUCCGCUUCAUCAUCUGGAUUGGCACCAAACUCACCCGUACCGGAACCCGAAACGAAUCCUUCCACUUUCUGCUCGACCACCCCCGCCGCUGCUUCCUCUACCUCUUUCCAAGUCAUCAAACGUGGUACCUCCUAUUCAUCCUUAUCGCAUUUACGAUCGCCGAGCUGCUUUCGUUCUUGUUGCUUAAUAUUGGGUUGCCGGUGCUUGAGAGUUUGGGUGGGUGGGAGAGGUUUUCGGUGGGGUUGUAUCAGAGUUUGAGUGUGAGGGCGUCGGGGUUUGGAAUUGUGAAUGUCGCGAGUAUGGCGCCGGCUGUGUUGUUUAUCUAUAUCAUACUGAUGUAUGUCGCCAUCUACCCCAUCGCCAUGUCCGUCCGAUCCACCAACGUCUACGAAGAACGUGCUCUCGGCGUCUACGAAGAAGACGACCCCUCCACCUCUUCCGACGCUGAGCCCGAACUCAAGGGAGGUAGAGGGGAAGUGUUUAGCAAGUAUUUGAUGUGGCAUAUGCGGAAACAGCUGGCGUUUGAUAUGUGGCCUUUGGCCGCGGCUGUGCUUGCUAUAUGUGUGUUUGAGAGAGGGAAGAUUGUUGAUCCUGAAAAGAGCGAGUGGUUUACAGUCUUUCGCAUCCUGUUUGAAUGUACCAGCGCAUACGCCACUAUCGGCCUCACGCUCGGCACGCCAAACAACAACUACGCCUUCUCUGGCGAAUUCGGUACGGUAUCAAAGUUGAUUAUGAUUCUCGUCAUGCUCCGAGGCAGGCAUCGUGGUUUACCCGUGGCCAUCGAUAGAGCUAUCUUGCUGCCGAAAGAGUAUUCUCGGAUUACAGCACCGGCAAAUGGUCUUCAACCCGUCCAAUCGCACGUCUCGCACAUCUCGCGGAUCUCUCAGCAGAUCAACCCUUUUACAUCAUCACGCGAAGAGCCCAAUGGCGGUGGACAGAGUGCGGCCAAACCGGUGGAGGAAGAGACGAAAGCCGUGGGGACGGAGGCAGAGUGGAAGGAGAUGAAGGCGGCGGCUGCGAAAGUGGCUAGAGGUGUUGAGGGUGCUGAAAAGGCGCAGUAG